AUGGGGUCAAACUUAAGGUUGCGACCGCUUACCAUCCUCAGACUAGUAAACAAGUUGAAAGUGCCAAAUAGAGAGAUAAAGCAGAUUCUAGAGAAGACGGUUAGUGCAAGUAGGAAAGAUUGGGAUGCAAAGCUUGAUGAUGCUCUAUGGGCAUACCGGACCGCCUACAAAGCUCCAAUCGGAACCUCCCCUUACAAGCUGGUUUAUGGGAAGGCAAGCAAUUUACCGGUGGAUUUUGAGCACAAGGCCUAUUGGGCGAUAAAGAAGCUGAACUUUGAUGCAGAAUUAGUGGGUAGAAAACGAUUGAUGCAAUUGAACGAGCUUGAUGAGUUUCGCUUGCACGCAUAUGAGAAUGCGAAGUUAUAUAAAGAAAGGACCAAGCCAAUUGGUUCUCUUGUUCAAUUCAAGGUUGAGACUCUUUCCGGGGAAGCUCAAAUCGAUAUGGUCGGGCCCGUUUAA